GAAACCGACGUUUCAAACCAAGACGCGGCUCGCUGAUUGGUUAUUAGGCUGGAACGUACCGCGCUAACGCUGAAGUGGGCAUCAUUGUGUUUUCCCUCCGUUUCGUGCGAAAAGAGAAGAAGCUCAUCUGGCGAUAUGGCAGGAGGAAAAGCUGGAAAGGACAGUGGAAAAGCCAAGACGAAAGCAGUCUCCAGAUCACAAAGAGCUGGUCUGCAGUUCCCUGUAGGUCGUAUCCACAGGCACCUGAAGACCCGAACUACCAGCCAUGGUCGUGUCGGAGCUACAGCAGCGGUGUACAGCGCCGCUAUCUUGGAGUACCUGACUGCUGAGGUUUUGGAGUUGGCUGGUAAUGCCUCCAAGGAUCUGAAGGUGAAGCGUAUCACUCCGAGGCAUUUACAGCUGGCCAUCCGUGGUGAUGAGGAGUUGGACUCGCUUAUCAAAGCUACUAUCGCUGGCGGAGGUGUGAUUCCACACAUCCACAAGUCGCUGAUUGGAAAGAAGGGCCAGCAGAAGACCGUAUAAAAUGCAUUGAUGUUCGAUUGUAUAGAAAACGGCAAUCAGCAUUGAGAGAGCAGUUGUUUUUGUUACGUUUCCUCAUUUGUAUGGUUAUGUUUGGUAAGCGUAGUUUAACAUAACAAUGGUUAGAGUUUGACGUACUGUAUUCAUGAUAAUUAACGGUGGGGGGGGGUGUUAAGUGUUGCGGGGUAAGGGAAUGUAAUCGUGAUUUUUGUGUUUAGUUGGGUUAAGGCAUAGGUUCUGGGUUUUGUGAGAUUUGGGGUUCAUUAUUGGCUUUUUAAAAUGUUUUAUACAUUAAAAGAUUUUUUUUUUCUAAGUGUUUUGCCUUUUUGUGAUUUCAUUUGACAUUUGUUGUCUAGAAACAACUCAUAUUAGCUUCAUGCUGUGCUAACUGCUGCAGGAGAUCUGUUGAAAUGAAUCCUGGUAGUCAUUCUUUAAUCGGACAUCAUAAGGCUUUAUGUGAAUAAAUGUAUAGGAAUAUUUUCCUAGCCACAUUGCCAUUGUAUAUAUCUACUGAAAUAAACAAGCAUAACAAAUUAUACUUGAA